AUAUUAUUUUGGUAUAACUUGUGCCAAACGGCAAAAAUUUGAAGCACAAUAAUUACGUGUUAACUUGUAAGCGAAGUGUUUUGUUGAUAAGCGAACGCACGUAGUCGAAAGAACAAAUUGAAUCAUUUCAUGUGUCAUUUAAUGCACCAGCAACAAGUGGUACCCCCACAAACAACACCAGCAAAAACAACAACAACAACAGCGAAGUGAACAACGCCAAACCAAAAUUAAGAACAUGUCGCGGCAUGAGAAAUCGAAGUCGGUGGGCGGAGGUCUGCUGGAGAGCUGGUUCGGUCGCCCCUCGAAACCGAAGGGUAGUGGCAACUACAACAGCAACUCGCUGCCACACGGAGCCAGCGGUCGACCCGCCUCCACGGACAACGAUGGCGCCUGCAUCGGUGUCGAUGACCUGGAACGGCAAGUUCAGGAGAUGAGCGAGACGCAAUUGAAUGCCAGAUUUCAGGAGAUACUCGAGGAUAUGAACAUACCGAAGGACAAGCGAGAACCGUUGCUCAGCAAACCCAUCGAGGAGCGCCAGAAAAUGGUAUUCAUGCACAUGCGAGGCAAGAAUUCACUGGAGCGGAACGCGAACUCUCGUUUCGAGAAGCCCAUCGAUUACAUUGAGUACCUGCAGAAUGGCGAGCAUAGCGAGCACAAGGUAUUCCUGUGCGUGGAAUCCUUGCGUGUGGCACUCACCAGCAAUACGAUAUCAUGGAUCAAGGAUUUCGGUGAGGCGGGCAUCGGCGAAAUUGCGAAACUGUUGUUGCGUGCGAAAAAGGAUCGCAGCUAUGAUCGGAUUGAGUGCGAGGCAAUACGUUGCCUCAAGGCCAUCAUGAAUAAUACGUGGGGAUUGAAUGUGGUCCUCACACCCGAUCAGCACAUUGUCGUCCUACAGCUGGCCGAAUGCCUCGAUCCCCGGAAGCCGCAAGCGAUGUGUGAGGCCCUCAAGCUGCUUGCCUCCUUUUGCAUUGUCUACGAACGCAAUGGCUACGAGAAGGUGCUGAAAGCAAUAACCGCAAUUGCGGCGAGAUCGUAUAAGUCUGCGGAACGCUUUAGACCCAUUGUCGAUGCACUGUUCCUACCCGAGAAACAGGAUCCGAAGCGAGAGCUCGCCUGUGACAGUCUCAUCUUCAUCAAUACCCUAACGAAUACGCCAACCGAUCUGAAUUUCCGUCUGCAUCUGCGCUGUGAGAUAAUGCGAAUGGGUCUGUACGAUAAGAUGGAGGAGUUCAAGGCGAUUGUCAAUGGCAGCAAUAAUGAGGCACUGCAACAGCAUUUCAAGAUCUUUAUGGAGAUACGCGAAGAUGACUUCGAGGAGUUUGUGCAGCGUUUCGAUAAUGUCACCUUCAACAUGGACGAUGCCCAGGACUGUUUCGAUGUGCUCAAGAAUCUGGUGACGGACACCACAUCGGAACCCUAUUUUCUAUCAAUAUUACAGCAUUUGCUGUAUAUACGAGAUGAUUUCUAUUUUCGGCCUGCUUAUUAUCAACUGAUUGAGGAGUGCAUCGCACAGAUUGUCUUCCACAAGGGUUAUUGUGAUCCGAAUUUUGAGAAUCGUGAUUUUAAGAUCGACACCUCGCUGCUGCUCGACGAUAUUGUGGAGAAAGCGAAGGCCAAAGAGACGCAACGUUCCGAGGAGUACGAGAAGAAGAUCGAGGCACUCGAGAGCGCCAAGCAGGAGGCCGAGGCGAAAGCGGCCCAUCUCGAGGAGAAGGUCAAGCUAAUGGAGGCGAACGGUGUGGCGGCCCCGUCACCCAAUAAAUUGCCCAAACUCAAUAUACCGAUGCCACCACCACCACCAGGUGGUGCAAUGCCACCGCCGCCACCACCACCACCAAUGCCUGGCAUGGGCGGCCCAAGACCGCCGCCACCGCCACCAAUGCCGGGCAUGGGCGGUGGUCCACCACCGCCACCACCUAUGCCCGGUCGGGGUGGAGGUCCGCCACCGCCACCAAUGCCGGGCAUGAUACGGCCAGGCGGUCCACCACCACCGCCCAUGAUGAUGAUGCCGAUGGUACCGGUGCUGCCGCACGGCCUCAAGCCCAAAAAGAAAUGGGAGGCCAAUAAUCCGAUGAAGCGCGCCAAUUGGAAGGCAAUUGUGCCAGCAAAAAUGUCGGAGAAUGCGUUCUGGGUCAAAUGUGAGGAGGAUAAGUUGGCCUCCGAUGAUUUCCUCCAAGAGUUGGCCAUUAAAUUCUCCUCAAAACCGGUGAAGAAAGAUAACCAGAAAGAUUCGGUUGAUAAGCCAACAACGCUGUCCAAAAAGAAUGUCGAUUUGCGCGUUCUCGAUUCGAAGUCGGCACAGAAUCUGGCCAUUCUGCUUGGUGGCUCACUCAAGCAUCUGUCAUAUGAACAGAUCAAAAUCUGUCUGCUACGCUGUGAUACCGACAUCCUAUCCACCAAUAUACUGACGAAUCUGAUACAAUAUCUGCCGCCGCCGGAACAACUGAAGCGUCUGCAGGAGAUCAAGGCCAAUGGUGAACCGCUGCCGCCCAUCGAGCAAUUUGCGGCGACAAUAGGUGAAAUCAAACGGUUAUCGCCGCGCCUGCACAAUCUGAACUUUAAGCUUAACUAUGCGGACAUGGUGCAGGAUAUCAAGCCGGAUAUUGUUGCCGGCACAGCGGCUUGCGAGGAGAUACGCAACAGCAAGAAAUUCUCCAAGAUACUGGAGCUUAUACUGCUGCUGGGCAACUAUAUGAACUCGGGCUCCAAGAACGAGGCGGCCUUCGGCUUUGAGAUAUCCUAUCUGACGAAAUUGAGCAACACCAAGGAUACGGACAAUAAGCAAACAUUGCUCCACUAUCUGGCCGAUCUGGUCGAGAAGAAGUUCCCCGAUGCGCUCAACUUCUACGACGAUUUGUCGCAUGUGAACAAAGCGUCGCGGGUCAACAUGGAUGCCAUACAGAAGGCGAUGCGACAAAUGAAUGUGUCUGUCAAAAAUCUGGAAACGGAUCUGCAAAACAAUAAAGUGCCGCAGUGCGAUGAUGACAAGUUCUGUGAGGUGAUGGGCAAAUUUGCCACAGACUGUCGCCAGCAGGUGGAUGUGCUGGGCAAGAUGCAAGUGCAAAUGGAAAAGUUGUUCAAGGACCUGAGCGAGUAUUAUGCCUUCGAUCCGGCCAAAUACACCAUGGAGGAGUUCUUUGCCGAUAUCAAGACGUUCAAGGAUGCCUUCCAGGCGGCGCAUAAUGAUAAUGUGCGCUUGCGCGAGGAGCUGGAGAAGAAGCGACGCAUGCAGGAGGCGCGUGAACAGUCGCAACGGGAGCAAAUGGAGCGACAGCAGCGCAAGAAAGCCGUCGUUGACAUGGAUGCCGCCCAGACACAGGAGGGCGUCAUGGACAGUCUGAUGGAGGCACUGCAAACGGGCUCGGCCUUCGGCCAGCGGAAUAGACAACCACGCCGGCAGCGACCCGCAGGCGCAGAGAGGCGGGCUCAACUAAGUCGAAGUCGAUCGAGGACGAGGGUCAACAAUGGCCAGCUAAUGACGCGGGAGAUGAUACUGAACGAGGUGCUCGGCUCAGCGUAGGAGAUGCGAGCAAAUCUCUGCUCCAGUAGUGUACAUAUAUAAAUAGACAUAUAUAUAUAUAUAUACAUACAUCUAUAUAGUGGAGAUUAACAUUUUUGGUAUAUGUUGCUAUCAUCAUCAUCAAGUGGAGCUAAUUUUUGUGAGACCAGCCCAACUAAUUUACCAGCUGCAAAGUUCCAGAAUAACACUAACAAUUUAUAUACACAAUUAUAUUUUUGAUACGCUUUUUAUUAAACAAU